UAUUCCUGGCUGCUAUGGGUCCUCCAGGUGGCGGACGAAACGAAAUCACUACUCGCUUUACCCGACACUUGAACGUCCUCGGCGUAAAUGAGUCUGAUGAUGCCACAAUGAGCCGCAUCUUCACAGUCAUCGUUGACAUUCACUUCAACCGGGGUUAUGAGGCCCAUUUCCAACGUCUGAGCAAGGUAAUGGUCCAAGCAACUCUGCAAGCUUAUAAGGCCGCAAUGAACUCCUUCCUACCCACACCCGCCAAAUCACAUUAUGUCUUCAACCUUCGAGAUUUCGCUCGUGUAAUUCGAGGCACACUUCUCGUUCCCCCCGCCCAGCUGAAGGAAGCAGAAAAACUUAUUCGCCUCUGGGUACACGAAGUAAGUUUAAGUUUCUCUAUUUGCAGCCAUGCGAUUAGUUUGUUCAUUCACCAGCAUUAA